AUGAAGAGUGAAGGAGGCUUGUGCAGGCUUAAGUCACGGGGCGCACGACUCCUUCACACUAUGAAAGAGCGUAGCAUUUAUGUAUUUCUUCGUAUACACAGGUUUACUUCCAGAACUCAGCAAGCUGUCCAAUAUGUUCUUUUUAAAACUACGCUUACGAUGGGAUUUACUGUCAUCAGCGGUGGUUUCCCUAUGCUAUAUUUACAAUCUCAUGUUCUGAUUCCUCAAUUUAUAUCCAUGAUAAUGGCCGCUUUGCAACGAAUGUACAUCACAGCAUGGGCAGCCGAUGAUUUGAAAGAAGUUGUAAGUUUUAUAAGAAAAAAAUAAUAGAAAAAAUUCUGUUUACGGGAGUAGCAGGUGCACUAUAAAGAGAACAAACAUAAUCGAUAAAGAUAAAGAUUAGGGGUGGGUGUAACGAAAGAAAGUCUAUUUUAUUCAGCACUAUAUUUAAUAAAGGCAGUCACUUUAUGUACAAGUCACAAUGUUCUUUCCCGUGACCAACAGAGUAGACACAAGCUGUGCACAAUGGAUCACAAAAGCUAUGCUGCUCAAUAAUAAUUAUGGCUUACUCUCGAACAGCUUUUAAGAAUCUAUUAUAAUAAUUCACUAUGAUAGAAUAAACAAUUGGUUGCAAAAUCAAAUUUUAUUUCUAUUUUUUCAUUUUUGAUCUUGCGACGAUUUUUCUCUUUGCUUUAACUGGCUUCCGCUCUCCCGUGAUACGUGGACGGACGGGUGUUGCCGUCCCGCUCUCGCUGUUGCGCGCGGGUCUUACUCGGAGGUGCGCGCCGACGACGGGGAGUGUGGUCGCCGGGCGCGAGAAGCGCGAGAUGCGGACGGAUCGAGUCGUCGUCAAAAACCGCGGAGGAAAAUGAUAACGCGCAGGGAAGGAGCGGGAUCUCGGUAGCUCCGCGCGUACCGUGCCGCGAGCCGAAAACUCCACGCGAUAGACGAAGAUGGGGCGCCAGACGCGGUCUUUCACGCGUCACGUCGCGAAAUCCGCGAAAUCGCACAAACGAUAUGGAGCGGCCCGCGUCACGGGCAGGCUAGCUCGCCUAACGGUAGAGGGACGGGGCGGUGGUUGACACUAAAAGAUUACAGAGGCCACGGGACUUAACUUCCUCUUACGACGGACGAGACACACGAAGAGGGAGACGUACACGAA